AUGCUUUCCACAGUGCCCUUGUAGAAGGUGGUGAGGUGUGUGGUGUGUGACUGCUGUGGUGUUCGUGGUUGAAGUGAGGUCAUCAUCAAUGUGAACCCCCAAGUACUUCACACUGCUGACCUUCUUCACGGCAGCCCCAUCGAUGUGUUGUGGUGCAUGAUCCUGUUUGCCGGCCCUCCUGAAGUCUAUUAUAACCUCACUGGUCUUGUCCACAUUGAGGAAGAGGUUAUGGGAUCUGCACCAUGCACUCAGCUGUUCCACUUCUUCCCUGUAUGCAGACUCAUUGAUGUCCUUAAUGAGGCCCACUACUGUUGUGUCAUCUGCGAACUUCAGGAUGUGGUUGCUACAGAAUUUAGCAGUGCAGUCGUAGGUGAGCAGGCUGAAGAGCAGAGGGCUCAGGACGAAGCCCUGUGGAGACCCUGUGCUCACUGUGAUGGUCUUUGAUGUGUGGCUGCCCACCCUGACUGUCUGCUGUCGCUGAGUUUUUAAUGUGCUGCAUGACCAGGCGUUCAGAACACUUUAUCACUAUAGGCGUGAGGGCUACAGGGCGGAAAUCAGAGAGGCCGGUGAAAAGCAACUGCUUUUCGUGUCACUGUCCCUGCAGGAAAUGCUACACUGUCUUGGUAAUGAACAACUGCUUUUCAUGUCACUAUCACAGCAGGAAAUGCGACGAUGUCUUGGUGAAAAACUACUACUUUUUGUGGCACUAUUCAUUCUGGAAAGUAUGUGUAUGAGAUGUCGCUACAGCACACCCACUUUUGAUGUCGCUGGAAAAGCAGCAAUGACUUCCUAGAUCACAGCCAUUUUUGUUGUUGUUGUUCUUUACUUUGUAGCAUCUGUCACUGUGCUCUUGACCCAGGACAUGGGUCCUCAGAGGCCACCAGGGGAAGGCACACAGCAUGUUGGAUGAUGCUUGAAAGAACCAGAGUGGUCUUUCAUAAUGUAUACUGUACAAAUGUAAGACAUCUUCAUGCUGAGCCGCUGCCCUUUUUUCACAACCUCAACAGCGAGGUGCACCUAAGAUAAUAGGUUCAUCCAUUGUGUGAAAUUUUGCAGCAUGGGAACCCUGUGAAGUGUUGGACAGCGCGCGCAGCUCCUCUCUCUACUUUAUUCAGCAGGAGCGCACACGGUCCACACCAGCAGUGGCAGAGCAGCGCAGCGUGUCACAGCGGUGAAUACCUCCUCUGACCGAUACAAACCACUGCGUCCUCUCCAUCAAGGCGCAUCAGUGGGCAACAAUGUCUCCAAACACCCGCAUGGAUUUCAUGGAAGCGAUUUGUUCCACUUUCUCCUUUUACGCUCCGUCCUAGCGCGUCUUCUGCUGGGUACAUGAUGUCCUGGAUGUAUUUUCUCCGGAGAUUGUAAAGUGGAGGGAAGCGCAGCUCACUGAAGAAACCAUGUGGGGAGCAGCCACGUCCCUUGAUGGGAGCACCGGAGGCACAAGGCGACACUAACAGGAGAUCAUUAUUUGUGCUUUCUUGGAGAAAAAAAGAUCCGUCGAUGAGGAAACAAAGAGAGUAGAGAUGGUAGAGAAUUCUACAUCAAUCAAUUUCAUCCUCACAGUGGCCGCACCUGACCUUCUGGACCCGAAGUCUGCCACCCACAACUCCAAACCUCGCCUGUCGUUCUCGGUCAAACCGGUAGUGCUGAACACUCCAGAGGACGAGUGUGACACCCGGACUACUGUCAUGAGGUGGAAAACCGUGUCAGCCAUCUUCUUCUUGGUGGUGCUUUAUCUCAUUAUUGGGGCGACGGUGUUCAAAGCGCUGGAGCAGCCUCAUGAGAGCUUAAAGAAGAUGGCCAUUCUCGAAGAAAAACUGGAGUUCUUGGCCACGCACACCUGUGUGAACUCCUCUGAGCUGGAGGAUUUGGUCAAGCAAGUUGUUUCAGCAGUCCGAGCAGGUGUGAACCCUUCAGGAAAUAGAUCCAAUCAGACAAGCCUCUGGGACAUCAGUUCCUCCUUUUUCUUUGCCGGGACUGUUAUCACCACUAUCGGAUUUGGGAACAUCUCUCCUCACACAGAAGGUGGGCGGAUCUUCUGUAUAAUUUACGCUCUGCUUGGGAUUCCCCUGUUUGGAUUCUUAUUGGCUGGUGUUGGCGACCAACUGGGGACCAUUUUUGGGAAGGGCAUCGCCAGAGUAGAGAAGAUGAUUGUGAAAUGGCAAGUCAGCCAGACGAAGAUCCGCGUCAUCUCCACCCUGAUCUUCAUCCUGUUUGGGUGUCUCAUCUUCGUGGCUCUGCCGGUUGUCAUAUUUAAGCACAUCGAGGGAUGGAGCACACUCGAGUCCAUCUACUUUGUCGUCAUCACCCUCACCACGAUUGGAUUUGGAGACUUUGUCGCCGGUGAAAAAGGUGGGUCAGAGAAUCCAGAGUUCCUGAACUACUACAAGCCUGUGGUGUGGUUCUGGAUCCUGGUGGGCCUGGCGUACUUUGCCGCUGUGCUCAGUAUGAUUGGAGACUGGUUCCGGGUCAUUUCCAAGAAAACUAAAGAGGAGGUUGGGGAGUUUCGAGCUCACGCAGCCGAGUGGACGGCAAAUGUGUCAGCGGAGUUCAAAGAAACCCGGAGGCGACUCAGCGUUGACAUCUAUGACAAGUUCCAGCGCGCUGCAUCCAUCAAGCGCAAGCUGUCAUCUGAGCUGGGUAUCAAUACCAUCAACCAGGAAAUGACUCCUGGCAAGAGGACGCUGUCUGCCAACCUGUGUGAGGAUAAAGAGGCCUACCCCAACAUGGCUCUCUCUCUCAGUCCUGUCCCAGGGACACUCGCCAGGAACGGCAGCCUCUACCUGAAUGGCCUCAGCCCAGACUACGCUGAUCGGCGAGAGAUCGCCAUCAUUGAAACUCUCAAAUGAGGAGCAGCAUGAAAUGAGAUUCAGGAAACUGUGUGAAACAUGUCUGGUGGUGGACAGAGCUUAUAGACACAUACACACUUUAGUGCUUAUUGACUGAGCAUUUGUGAUACAAUACCUGUGCGUGCGCAUUCAUUAAGUGGAUUGUGCUCCAAUCAUUGAUUAAAAACCUCGAGAGUGACUUCACAGAGAUCAAUCAUCAAGCUCCCUCUUUUCAUGUGCGUGAUUGAAACUCAAACAAAAGCGUAUGAUGUUCCAGCUCUCAGGUCCCAUUCAUGCAACAGAGAACAGACUUCCUUUCAUUGUGUCCAUGCCAACAUGAUCGACAGCUGUGCUAGCGAUUGAGCCAAAUCAGAAGUGUGCUCCAGACUGGAACAAAUGAUUGUAUUUAGAGGCAUGAGUUUAACAAACUUAUCUAAUGAGCAGGAAGGAAAUGAACGCCCAUAUUGUGGUAGCAGCGCACUGGACAUCUUCUCACAUAGCCACAAACAAGCCCGUGAACACACAGGAGGUAAAUGCAUUCAUCAAACCUAGAAAGCAAUAGAUGCAUCUGUGCUCAUCAUCUCUUUGAAUUUCCAGAGGCCCUGAAAUCUGCAUCAGAUAAAGAGGAUCCUCACUGCUGAAAGCACUUCACAAUCAACAAUGAACGCUUGUUCUUGAUGAGGCAGCAGUCCUGCGCUAACACAAAGGAAUGUGGCUUUUCUCUUUUAAGUUUACACCUCUUCCAGUAUGAAUUUAUAUGCCUUGCAUUUCACCGAUCAGUCUGCCCUCGCUUAGGAGACGAAUGUUGAUGCUUUUGUUCCUCCAUGACUGACAUUCAGCUUUUCACCCUAAGGAAUAAUCCACUUGUGCCUUAGCAAACAUGUGAGGAUGGUGACGCAUGAAGGACUGAGAUUCGCUUUGUCUGUCCACUCAUACUUGUUAUAUAUGUUAUAUAUAUAUAAAUAUAUGAGCACAGUAGUUAAAAAGGACAUAUUCAGAAGGCAUCUUGGAAUAAAAACAGUAUGAAGAAGAGGCCAACAGAUGAGGAGGACAUGGACUUCUUAAGUUAUUUAAAGAGGAAUCUACAGUAUGCAUGGCAACCGAGUGGAAAAACUGUUUCUUAACAACUGGGAAAAUGUCAGCUUUCAGUCUGCCAGUGUGAUUUAGACGUUUCCUAUCAGUCUUAAUAUAUUGAGUUACAACCACACAGUGCCAGGCUCACUUAUCAGACCCCAUUCUCCCCGAUACCAAAGUAACUAUCCUGUUUUAAGGACUUCUGUGUGAUCAGAAGGAUCAGGAGUGCUCUCUGUGAUUUCUAGAAAUUUAAUCCACUGUUUUUUUUUUUCUUUUAUCAUGAAAUUGAAACUUAAAA